UUUCAAUGCAAGCUUGUCCUGCUGUCAAGGAGCCUACUGUAGCUAGCUUAGCUACCUUAACCUGCCCGUUUUCAUAUUACUAGCUUACAUUAGCUAGCACUAGGGAGGGUCAUUGCUUGCUUAUUGGGCACUGUUAGGAGCAACUUGCUGCAAAGAUGGUCAUCUUGCGGAACACCGUGGUAACGUUAAGAUCUCGAGCAACCGACUUGUAUUACAAGUUGUAAUGCUAAUUGUUGUAUCUGGAUGUUGCGGUGCAGACAGCUUCCCUUCCUCCCUGAAAUCUGGCCAAUGGUAGACCAGAUGCAGCUGUGAGGACAAGACUGUGAGGGUGUAGGAUGCAGUCAUCAGCCCAGCGUCUACGCGACAUGGAGCAGCACCACCCGCUGCUGGUGGCGGCCAACGAUGAGGAGGCAGGGGCCGUGGUGGGGCUGGUCCCCGCAGGGGCGGAGGCAGCCGAGCAGGUGUGGUUCAUCCAGGACAGCUGUGGCAUGGUGUGUGCCUUCAUGACCUGGUUCAUGGUGCUCUACGCCAACUUUGUGGUCAACUUCGUCAUGCUGCUGCCUGGAAAGAGCUUCUGGUACUCGCUGCUCAAUGGAGCAGCCUUCAACUCGCUGGCCGUGCUAGCAUUGAGCUCGCACCUGCGCGCCAUGCUGACUGACCCGGGUGCAGUUCCCAAAGGCAACGCCACCAAGGAGUACAUGGACAGCCUGCAGCUGAAGCCAGGGGAGGUCAUCUACAAAUGCCCCAAGUGCUGCAGCAUCAAGCCUGAGAGGGCUCAUCACUGCAGUAUUUGUAAGAGAUGCAUCUGCAAGAUGGACCACCACUGUCCCUGGGUGAACAACUGUGUAGGGGAGAAGAAUCAGAAGUUCUUUGUGCUGUUCACUAUGUAUGUAGCCUUGAUCUCAGCCCACGCCUUGGGCCUCAGUGUCUUCCACUUCUUCACCUGUGUCCAGGUCCAGUGGAACGAGUGCAGCGACUUCUCUCCGUCCGUGUCGGUCAUGCUCAUGAUUUUCCUCUGUCUGGAAGCUGUCCUCUUCCUCCUCUUCACCACUGUCAUGUUCGGGACCCAAAUCCACUCGAUCUGCAACGAUGAGACGGAGAUCGAGCGGCUGAAGAACGAGAAGCCCACCUGGGAGCGCCGUGUCCGCUGGGAAGGGAUGAGGGCCGUGUUUGGAGGCCCCCCCUCCCUGCUGUGGUUCAACCCCUUCACAGGCCUGCGUCUGCGUCGCCUUCUGAUGACACGUGCUCGCCACGGUGGGGCAGAGUUCUCUGUCUGAGGGGCCAGAGGCCGGGUGCAGCUCACGGGUCAUCCCACUGUCCUGCUGGCAUGUCCAAGGGUUGAGAAGGAAGGAUUUUUGAGUUGGCGUCGCUCACACAGGGGCGAGAUGAGGCUGUCCUGUCCUCUCCUCGACAUACUGAUGUAGACAAACAAGUACCAUAUCUGUCUACAUGAGUAUGGAGGAGGUACUUUGAGAUUUUUUAUGAGCUGCGGUCAUGGAAUAAUAAAAACAGGAUUGGGGGGGGGGGGCAUAGUAGGUAUGAAGCACUAAUCAGUACUCAAAGGCGUUGGCCUGAAGCCUUUCUUUGCACCAGUUGGAGAGGGACAUUGUGUAUGCUUGUGAUGGUCCCCAUUUGUAGAGGACCUGACCAUGGACUGCUCUGCCCUGCACCCUGAGCCUUGAAGUGCACUAUAUAGUAUCCAAAUACAUUAUGGAUAACUCCUUUAGGAACUGGAGCCUGGCACAUCCCAGCUGGAUUUGCAGACAAUCAUGGAGCAUCUCUGCCUGUUACGGAUGCUUGGAGCUGCAGUCUAUGGAGAAUUGUGUUUGUAACUGUACAGAAGCCCCAUAGACUGAUUCCAGAGAGAGGAAUCUGUUGCCUUUGGGAUUUUGGUUUUAUCUUUUGAUCUAGGUUUUUCCACUUUUUUGUUUGUUUGUCAUUGUAAACGUUUUGUAUAAAAAGCUGCAGGAUAAGUGUGUCACAGCCUUUUAUUACCAAGGCUUCUCUUCAAUAUCAUUUUAUGCUUAUAAAACACUGUUUACCCAUUCAGUAACUUACAACAAACAAAUGAACAAAGGAUUGUAUGGAAUUAAGUUCAAUUUCAUCGACAUGAAUGCCAUGUUUGUGAAGCAUCUUACCCAUUGAUUUUAAUUGUAGUUUUCAUAACUUGUUUCUCCCCGAUCUGAGGCUGGUGAGGAAGAGGAUCUAAUUUUGCUCUGGUUUAGUUAACUCUCAACAAAGUAUCUUAAGAAUCUUUCAUUUUGACUAUGUAGAAUGUAUGGCAUUAAUUUUUAUAUUUAUACUUUAGCACUAAGGGGUAGCAGGGAAAACAGAGACUAUACUGAGACAAUUUGAUAUAUCUACUGAGAUCAGUGCAUUACAGAGAGAGCAGUGCUGAAUGAUAUCUGUCAUAUGGACUCAAAGGUAGACCUGAGCAGUUGUAGAGCUUUUAUUCCUAGAAGCUGAGGGUGCACAAUUGUAUGGAAUAUCAAUGAAUGAGUUUCAGAAGAUUCCUGUUGGGAAUCGUCAACAUGUGUGGGAGAAUUGUUAGCUUAUCCACACAAGUUUAAAGUAUUUGUUGUAGACCUGCCAUCUGUGGAUAUCCCACGGCCAAGUAGGCUAUACAUGCCAUCUUGGGUAAGUUAAACUUUGGAGUCAUGUUGCCAUAUAUACAGUAUGUUUCUUUACCCAGGGCAGAAGCUGAAGACGCAUUCAGACAUUAUGAUCAAGAAUCAUCAUUGAGCUUUACAACUGGGUCUCACGGGUGACUUUCAUCUAUAGGCUAAUUAUGAACACGUAUGGAAUUAUGGAUUGUUUUAAAAUGUCUCAAAUUGUCUUUAUAAUGUGUUAUUUUGCAUAAUAAACUUGAUAAAUUCA